GCUCGUGUUGACGCUUUUCUAAAAUGGCGGCCGCGGCUCUGGUCGAGACACCUUCAGGGAAAGAUGCUGUGGCCGAAGGGCUGCUGGACCUCCUGAAACCAGCGAUCCAGCAGCUCGAUCUGCACGUGCACUCAGUCAGAGAAAGCCAGGUUGAGUUAAGGGAACAUAUAGACAAUCUGGCUACAGAGUUAUGCAGAAUAAAUGAGCAUCAGAAGGUGGCUCUGGAUCUGGACCCCUACGUGAAGAAGCUGCUGAAUGCAAGACGGAGAGUCGUGCUGGUCAACAACAUCUUGCAGAAUGCUCAGGAACGUCUCAGGCGACUCAAUCACAAUGUGGCCAAAGAGACAGCACGAAGAAAGACCAUGCUGGAGGCAUCGGGGGUGUUCACCUCUCGCUCUCCCAGCAAGCCUUGAGCCUCCACCUCCUGCUCAGCACAGCGAACACUGUGAGCUCUUCUGACCUGGAGGGACACAUGGACACCAGGAGGACCAAUCUUUGAUAUUCACUUAUGUGUUUGUGUAAUAACAUGCUCUGCUUCUGUCGUAAUGCAAAUCCAGGCUGCCAUUCGCCUGCAAUUAGGCAGCUUACGCAUAUAGUCACUAAAAUACAACGACUGUAUUUGUUCAUAAUUUCUGUCUUCUGAUGAAAGGAAGAAGUGUUCUUUGGCUGAGGGACUUUUAUGUAAUAAAUCACAAACACUGAUUCUACAGAUAAGAGAAAUACUUCUCUUUAUAAAGAAAUAGUCAGAAAAUGUAAUAGAAAGGAUGAACCUUAACUCUAAGCCUGUGUCAUGCCAGAUAGAUGCUAACACUUGGCCUGAGCAUUGUCCUAUGUCCUAAAAAUGUCUGUAAGGAUGCUGUCUGCUCUCUGACCUGCAGAGCAAAUGUAAGCUUAAUAGCACUCUGUGGAGUGACUUCAUGAAGUUCAAGAUUUUAGCUGGCUCUUAUUGUCCAGAGAUUAAAAAGUACUGACGUGUUCACCUCGACUUUUACGUGCUUGUGAAAUUAUGUUUUUGAUUGAUAUUCACUGCUUAUUUAUUCAUCUUUAUCAAGUGUACAUUAUCUUUUUUUUCAUGACUCAUGUCAACAUGCUGAUGAGAGCAACCAGAGCAGAUGUUUACUGAGGUCCACGUCAGUGGGUUGUGGGACAGAAGAUCAGUGCUGUUGAUUUACCUGUUUCAUUGUUUCUUAUGAGAAACACGGUGAAGAGAUGAACUUAGAUCAUCAAAAAAGAAAGUGACUGUCUUAACGGGACCGUAGAUGUGCUCAGAAAAUUCCAUAUUUCCAUGUAUAUUUGGUUCCCAUUAAAGUAGAUGUUAACCUCCAGAAGAGGACAUAAAA